AUGAGUGACUGUUAUAAGCUUUUUACAGCACUUAAAAUAUCAUCUGAUUUUGGAAGACAAAUUCAAAUUGAUACAGAAAGUGAGCAGGCACGUGUUAAUGUACCAGAACUUUCUGGAGAGAGUCUCGAGAUAUCUACUCCUAGCACUUUCAUAAUAGGGGCUGUUGAUACAAUAGACAAUCUCACAAUAAUUUUAAGAGCGGGUCCAUCAACCAACCCUGAACCGUACUCGGAUGAUUUUGAUGAUCCGUCAGAUGCGGAUGAGCAGAUCACGAAUGAAGAUUUGCUAUUAAGGGAGUGUUUUAUUUGCAACAAAUCAUGGAAACGCCGUCUUGGCCGCACUGUGCCAUUGGCGGUUAAUAAAAUACGGACAAUUGAAUUGUUAAAAAGUGCAGCUACAGAGCACAGCGACAUUGAAAUGUUGGAAAAAGUCAGUUCUUUCGCCGAUACUUCUACAAUUCCAUAUCAUAAAUGCUGUAAGGAUCUUUACUUGCGAGAAGUUAACAAAAAAGCCGAAAGCGAUUUCGUUAAAAAACGAAAGGCUUCGAAUAGAGCUUACGAAUUAUUAUGUGAAAUGUUGGAAGAAUACGUUGUGAAGAAAAACGAAUGUCUGUUUUUUCAUCACGUUAAAAAGGAAUAUCAGACUCCAUAAGCAGCACUUCAUUUUCAGAUCGCCACUUAGAAAGUAAAAUCAUUGACACUUUCUCAAAGACCAUCAAGAUUAUUUAUGCUGAAAAAAGGAAAUUUC